AUGGCCAACAACUAUAUCGACGAAGCUACAUUUGUGGCCGUGAUCUGGGUCUGCCUCACUAUCACAUUCUUCUUCUUGCUCGCCCAGCUGCUCCUCCAAUACCAGAUUGACCGCAAGUGGCGCACCAACGACGUCCUGCUAUUAGCGGCUUGGCUUCUCUUCCUCGGAAAUUGCAUCGUCUGGUCGGUAUGCCACAAGCAGAUGUUCCUGGUCUCAACCUUCACCACCGGUGCCAUCGACUAUGCGACGCUGCCCCCCAACAUCGCGUCCGUCAUGGAGCGGUACUUGCGCGGCCAGCUGGCCGGCUACCUCUCGUACACUAGCUUGUGGCUGGUCAAGCUCUCCUUUGUCUUCUUCUUCCGCCACUUGGGGAAUCGGUUUCGUGCGCAGCGCAUCUUGUGGUGGGUGGUUUUGGCGUUUGUCAUUUCCUGCUAUGCGGUCACACUGGGCGUCCUGGACUAUGCGUGCGAAAUGGCUUCGUUCGAAGAAAGUCUCGAGCUCUGCGCCAGUGCGCACUCAGUCUGGUAUGAACGCGUCAGUCUGAAAAUCUCGACAAGCAUGGACAUUGUGUCCGAUGCAGCUAUCAUCGUCCUCUCGGGAAACGUCAUAUGGAGAGUGAAAAUCAACCUCUGGAAGAAACUCGCCCUGAUCGGGGUAAGCUUCCUGACGGCGUUCAUUAUCAUCACCGCACUGGUGCGACUGUUGCUCAGUGUCUCAGGCACGGGCAUCUUGAGUGCCGCGUGGCUCGUUUUCUGGAACGCGAUUGAGAUCUGCGUCGCAAUCAUGAUGGCCUGCCUGGCGUCGUUCUGGACCUUCUACACGAAACUAAAGAGAUCCGCACGCGAUCUUCCAGGGCGCGGCGGGCUGUUCUCUCCACCCCGCGAUUACGCUUCCCUCGAAAGACCGAUUCUGAUGACCGGGAGUUUGCACGGCGGAGAUAAGCACGCUCAGUCUGCCGUGUCUGUGCAGAGCCACAUCUCGAUGUAG